CACCAUCAACAACAGCAACAUCAACAGCGCCGGUUGCUCGGCCGGUUGCCUGGCGCUGCACGUGUCGCGCGUGGCCCGCGCCCUCGCCACGUGCAGUGCGUGUGAGGCGCCCGCGCGCCCCGCGCCGCUCCUGCGCCAGCUGCGCACGCGCUACUCGUCGGCGCUCGUACGUCUGAUCGCAGCGCUAGAAGUUGACGUCGGUCCUGGGAACUCUGACGUCUCCAGCGCCCGUGUAACGUCUCCCCCAGAUUUGUUCGUCCCGUCUCCCCCAGACGUCGGUUUGUCGCCGGGUUAUACUCCUCCAGUAACGACGUACACUAAUAACGUUCCGUGUAACGCUUCUACAGACGACGUACAUGAGAGUGUAUCGUUGCAAUCAAAGUUCGACGUACAUGAUAUUCCUGGUCGCGACGUCCCCGUGACUGGAAUGGGAAUGAAGGAUUCGUGGAACAUUGCUCAGGAAUCUAGAGCCUCAUUUCCUGGCCAACGUGACUCGAUGAUUUGCGGGAGCGAAUCGCCUGACGUGUCGAUACGCGGGCACGUGUUCAAAGAUACGUCUGUCUGUGCCGUCAAAUACCGAGAC